GAGCGUGUCUCUACGUAACGGAAAACCAGCAAGUAUAUGCAAAACACGCACAAUGUAGAUCCUUUCUGGUUCAUUAUGCACCUCACUGCUUUACUUUUACUUGCUUGCGUUAAUGGUGUCGUAACAAUGGUGGCAACAGAUCCAAAUAUUUGUCCACGGAAAGUAACUACAAGUAACUCGUCUGGAAUCAACACACAGCUGAUUUUCGAUUGUUGUCCCGAUUAUUUUUUCCGCGAUGGAAAAUGUCAAGAGUGUCCAGCAGGAAAGUGGGGUCAGGAUUGUUUGUUGGAAUGUAUGCCAAAUUACCACGGGGUUCGGUGCAAACAGAAAUGCGACUGUUUAGAUGGACAGAAAUGUGACCCAGUACAUGGAUGUAUUUGUGAUAUAGGGUUUACAGGUCCACAAUGCUCAAAUGCUUGUUCAUUCGGCACAUACGGUGUGCAAUGUGGUAAGGAAUGUGUCUGUGCACAUGAUGCUGAGUGUGAUCCUGUAUCUGGGGUUUGUUUAUGUCCUGCAGGAUGGUUUGGAAAUCACUGCACAAAGGCGUGUACAAUUGGAACAUACGGUAUCAAUUGCACAGAGAAAUGUAUGUGUGCCCAAGACGCUCAAUGUGAUCCCGUAACUGGGGAGUGUUUAUGUCCUGCAGGAUGGUUUGGAGAUAAUUGCUCAAAGGUUUGUGUAUCCGGAACAUACGGAAUGAACUGUAAUGAAGAAUGUUUCUGUGCACAUGAUGCUACAUGUGAUCCUACCAAUGGGGAUUGUGUGUGUCCUGACGGAUGGAUUGGGGAUCAUUGCACAAAGGAAUGUCCAUCCGGAAAAUAUGGAAUUAAUUGCAGUGGAAUUUGUAACUGCUCAGUUCAUGAUAAUUGCGACGUUAUAUCCGGAGAUUGCAAUUCACAGAAAGUUGUUUCAGAUGCAAAGGUCGAUGGGACUUCAGGAAAUACCGUAAUCGUUUACAUAAUGAUGGCUGCGGCUCUUACUGGUUUGAUAUGUGUGGUAGCUAUAUUCGUGAAAGUUAAAGAUGCACUCUGUCGUAAUGUAAAGAAAUGUCAAAAGAACUCCUCAAAACAAAACAUGGAACUACGUAAAGCGAAACGAAGGCUACAAUCAGCACAAACACAGGACGCUCAGACUGAAUCAUCUAUUAUAGAUACAGAAACGUCCAUGUUUCAAUAUCCGAUGGAAGCAGAUUUAUAUUGCGAAAUAGGUGAUAUCGAUGAUUUGGAAACAGAUCGAUAUGAAAUGCACAAACAUUAGUUCAACUUCAUAAAAUGUCGAUUGAAACAACUUAAUCGACCAAAACUAUUUGUAAACUGAUAUUAGUUGCUAAUUUUAUAAUUAUAAAACCAUAGGAGGUAAGAUGCUGAUACAUUUUUUUUUGUAACAAGUCUGGACAUUAAUACAACAAAAAUAAUUACAUUUCUUUAAUCCUUUCAAAAUUAAGCUAAUUUCAAACUUUGAUAAAAAGGAUAGUACAAUUGAAUAUUUCAGCUCAUAAAAAUUACUCGUCAUGAACAUAUGUUAUGAGCCAAAACUCUUAUCCAAAACUAAAUUUAAGUCAAAAAAACACAUCUGACAGAUAAUUGUCUUCAAAAUAAAUGAAUGUUGUUUAUUUUUAUAGAUUUAUAAUUCUCAUGACUUUGAAUUCCAAAGUCCAAUAUUGGACUGAUCAAACCUAGUUUUGUGUUCUCAAUAUAAUAACAUAAACGGUACCAAUUAUCCUGCACCAGAUGCGUAUUUCGACAAUUGGUGGUUGUUUUUAUUUAUGCACGUGGCCAAAACAUUAGAAAAUCCAAAUCCAAAAUAUUUUUAAAAAUUGAAGAGUUUUUAAAACCAAAAAUUGUACCAGCAAAUUUCAAGAACACAAUAUUUUUAUUUCAGUACCGAAGUUCUGGCUAUUGGGCUGGUGAUAUCAUAUAAAUUUUCAUAUCAAACAAGUAUCUCUUCAAUUGCGUCCAAGUAAAGUGAUUUAUAUCAACCUAUAUCCCGCUCCUUGUGUCCUAUUCAAAUACCAAUUGGUUGCAUUAUAAUAUGAAUAAUUUAAGAUUGUCAUUGGUAAUUAAACAGGAAACACUUGUCAAUACUUGUGUGAAUACUUGUUUCAUUGAUUCAUCUCAGCAUCUCAAAUACUAAGACUCACAAAUCCUACAUGUUAGUACUGAUGAUUCAUGUAUUUGUGUUGUGCAAGUUUUCGUGGAUUGUGAUUUUUCUUUUAUCUUGGUCGAUAUGUGAAUUCGUUGUACUGUAUACCAGCCUAAAAAAAUGUAUUCUUCGUUAAACAUAUAUACGUGUUUCCCUUGAAAACCACGAAAUUGAUAUCCAACGAACAAUAAUAAAGCCACAGUAUGUAGGGCUUCUAAUUAUGUACUGUUGAUCCUAAUAUCCAUUGUGUUUUAAUUUAAAUUGACAGUAACGAUCCGUUUAGAUAUUAACACUUAAUAUUAGUUAAGUUGCACAUAGGAGGUAUCUCUGACGCCGUUACUCAAGAGACCAAUGUAACAGUGACGUGCAUUCGAUAUCUAAGUAUUUUUACCCGCUGCAAAAUCAUAAGACUUAAUUUCAUUUACCUCAUUAAUUGUCACACGUAGAAUCAAUAAAGCGUGUGUUAUAUUUUAUCUUCAAAACCGUUGUUUUCUUAUGUUUGUUCUCAAAUAAAUGUAAUUGCUAAAUUGUUGAAACAACGAUCUUUUAUGGAAGGGAUUUUACAACUUUGUGUAAAAGAUAAAGUAAUAUUGACGUCCAUACGUCUGUUUUGCGGAUGGUACAAUAGUUAAUGCAUGUAAAGUUGUAAAUCAGAAGAUACAAUUCAGAAUUUUCCUUAUAGUAUCUACAGUAAUUGAUACAUUUGGUAAAUUGGGAACAAUGCAAAACACUUAAUUUAACAAAUAGAACAAUAUAGAAUUAACGAGUGAUGUUGGUUUGUCUAUACAGGCAUUUUAACGCAUCAAAGUGAUUUGUGGAUUAACCCAAUACCAUUCAACUUAUUUUAUCAAAAUCUUCAACCAAAUGAACUCAUUGUCAGAAAAUUAGAACCUAACUUUACAUCAUGAAAAUUAAGCAUAUAUAUAUAUUAUUUGCAAUUAAGUUAAUCAUACAAGAUGUUUGAUUGUUGGUGUUUUAAACGCCACUUUUAGUACUAUUGGCUGUUUUGUGACGACCAGUUUCAAUUGGAGGAGGAAGCUAGAUUGCACAGAAAGACGUUCCAAGCAUUUAAUGAUGUAGUCUUCUAUGUUAGCCUCGAUUUAAGAGUAACUAGUUCGUCGUUUUUAUGUGUUUUGAGGUUAUAGAUUGACAACUUAGUUCAGUUUUGCCCUCAAAGCCCCUUGUUGAAAAUGACGCAAUUGUAUGCUUUUUUUUAAAAUUUCACAUCCAAUUCAACAAACGCACUUUCAGCAUGAACCCCUUAGUCAAAACAAUUUUGUAAAAUUAAGUUUUAUUUAGUAUAAAAAAUUAAGAUUGUACAAAAUUACAGUGUAUAAAAAACGCGAAUUUCAAUCAUUUAUUUACAAUUGUUGAAUAGGAAGUAGGAAAUACGUUCCAAUUUGAUUAUCGAAAAUCAUUAUCCGUUAAUUGAUAUUAAAUAUUUAUAUUUGGAUAUUGUUUUUACCGGUAUUUACAUUAGUUUUGUUUUUGCCAGAUUAAAACAAAGCACCUACAUAUAUAUUCCUUUACAAAUAUAAAAACAUGUGACCCUACAACCUGUCGAAACUAUUUACAUGUAUAUCGGUACAACACAACGUCAUGCUUUUUCUCAGACUGUUUAUUUAACUUAAAGUCUUUCAAAAUACUAACAAUUUUCUACCGAAGAAAUAGAUAGCAUUUGCUGUAUUUGUCAAAACCGUUAGAAAUUUUAGUUCCUCAAUGCUCUUCAACUUCGUACUUUAUUUGGCCUUUUGAGUAUCACUGAUGAGUCUUUUAUAUACGCGCCUCUUGCGUACAAGAUUUUACUACUGGUAUCUAAGGUGAGUUCAUUUAUAAGAUCUUUACACUUGACUUUUUGAAUACCUUUUGGAUAUGAACUAAUUGAAACUUUAUUAUGGGAUAACAUAAUUCAUUCAUUUAUAUUUCCGAUUUUCUGUCGUUUUCUGUAAUUUACAACUUUUUGAAUAUGAAUAUUUGUUUUUA